AUGACUUUUCCAAGAUCACACUUUCAAGGAACUCAUGACAGUGAAGCCGGUCCAAGUAGAAUUACACAUGUUAAUGAUGUUGCACUUGAUGAUAUGGAUGUUGAUGAAGCUUUAGAGGAUGCAGUAAUAUCAUAUGUUAACAUGGAUGCCAGAGAAAAUGGUGCAUUAUCACGUCGUCCUCAAGCUGAAGGAAAACAUUUUAGGCAACAUAUUCGAAGUUAUAACCAUGUGGUUUCAUUCACUUCAAUUGGUGUUCAUGUUGAUGAGAAUAUUCUUGCAUCUGGUCGUGGUAUGUACACAUUUCGUGCUCAAGGUGCUUUUUACCAUAACAUAGGAGGUUUCUAUCCAAAUGAGGGUGUCAGACCGCGUUUCUUACAACUAUACAUCUACGACACCGAUAACGAGCUACAUAAUAGAAUGCAGGAAAAUCCACAGCUGCACCAAAAUGUAGUUCACAAAUUACAGAAAAUGCUCCAUCAAUUUAAUCCUUUUGUAAUUAGGUUCAAGCAACUUUCAAUACUUCCAAAUAUCAGUGAAUGUAGCCUCAUGCUUAAAGAGCGUCCACGUAAUCACCAUCAAUACAAUCUUCCAACUGCUGAACAAGUUGCAGCAAUUAUUGUUGGAUGUGAUGCAGAUUCUAUGGAUUAUGGAAGGGAUAUUAAUGUCAUUCGUUGUGAUGGAAAUCUCAAGAAAGUUCAAGAGACAAAGGGAUAUUAUGAUCCUUUGCAAUACCCUGUAUUGUUUCCAUUUGGGACGCAUGGUUGGGACAUCAACACAACAAAUUGCAAUGGACGAAGAGUGUCAUGUCGAGCAUAUUACAGUUACAUGCUUCAGAUUCGCCCAAAUGAUCAAUCAAUGUUGUUAAAUGCGGGUCGACUGUUGCAACAAUAUGUUGUAGACAAUUAUGUCAAAAUUGAAUCAGGGAGAUUAAGGUGGAUUAAGAGCACCAAAGUGAUAUACGUUCUGAAUUGUACCAAGGUUUACAUGAUGCUUUGCAUGUUGGUGAAACUAAUGCAGAACAUUGGAAAAAGAACAAUAUUUCCAUCAUCAUUUAUUGGCAGUCGUCGAGACAUGACACAACAUUAUGAAGAUGGCAUGGCUAUUGUUCUUAAUGGCGGUAAACCAGAUAUUUUUCUAACAAUGACAUGCAAUCCUUCUUGGAGUGAGAUAACAUCAGAACUUUUGCCUUUUCAAACACCACAAGAUCGUCCAGAUUUGCUAACAAGAAUAUUUCGUUCGAAAUUUGAGAAAUUGAAGGAUGAUGUUAUUAAUAAAGGAGUCUUGGGUAAAGUUAAAAGCUACAUGUAUGUCACUGAAUUUCAAAAGCGAGGACUGCCGCAUGUGCAUAUGUUAUUGGUCUUAGAAAGUAACGAUAAGUUGCGUGACCCAAAAGAUUAUGAUAGUAUGGUAAGAGCAGAAAUACCUAAAUUAGAAUGUGAACCACAGUUGCAUGAAGCUGUUGUAUGA